GUCUGCCUUCCAGGGUCCGUGUCACAAGGGUAGCUGGAGUGACAAUCCUCUCUUCUUUAAAAAAAAUCGCAAUAAAUGACAUUUAUUUGAUGCUCCGAACUCAGAAGCAGGGUGCAUCUCCUUGCGAGAGUGUUUAGCCAUAUAGGCUGUAUGCGGACUGGGAUGAAGAGAAAACAGGUAUUCCCACUCCAUUGAUCAGAAACCCAAAAGUUUGCACGGCAGUGGGGGAGCGUUCCUACUUCAAGAUUUAAAAAAAAAAAAAAGCCAACGUUCCCGGUUCUGGUGCUGCAUUAAAAAUAAAAAGGUAUCUUCGGCGACGAAGCCUUGCCAAGCUUCAUAUCCUCAAAAUGUAUGGGACUACAGUACAGCAGUCAUCAUCCCUGCAUGCAUUGGGAAGGUCACUACUGACAAAUUGCAUGCCUCGCAGGGAACAAGAAGCCCUAUUAAGUCACAAACCUGGUCUUAUGAGAAGAUCUGUUAGCAGCUGACUUUAAAACUUCAAGAUGGAGACAGAAAAGCUGCUGACCUCAGUGAAUAGUUAUGGGUCUCAGGAUGGGGAUAUGAGGCCAGCCUUAGGACCUACUGCCUUUCAGCCAGAAGAGGAAGAAUUCCGAAGGCGUCUCAAAUACUACUUCAUGAGCCCCUGUGACAAGUUUCGUGCCAAAGGUCGGAAGCCAUUUAAAUUGGUGCUUCAGGUGAUCAAGAUCCUAAUAGUCACCAUUCAGCUCAUUUUCUUUGGGCUCAGCAAUCAGAUGGUGGUAACAUUCAAAGAGGAGAACACUAUUACAUUUAAGCAUCUCUUUCUGAAGGACUAUGCAGAUGGGUCAGAAGAUACCCAUGCAGUCUACACGCAGGCAGAUGUCUAUGACCAUAUAUUCCAUGCAGUGGAAAAGUACUUGGCCAUUCCAAAUGAGACAAUUGGGCGCUACGCCUAUGUCCGCCCAGGCAAUGCUAACCGAUCAGCCCUCAUGCUCUGCCAGCAAUACUACCGCAAGGGGAGAAUUGACCCGGCCAAUGACACUUUCAACAUUGACCCCAAGGUCAUCACAGAAUGCCUUGGUGUGGAUCCCCCAGAGAAGAUUCCUCCUCCAUCUGAACUUGAAAGGAAACCCGCAGAUCUGGCAUCAGAUCACAGCUACAGGAACUUUACUCUUAAGUUUUACAAGCUGAUUAAUGUCACAAUUGACUUCAAGCUAAAAGCCAUCAACAUCCAGACAAUAAUCAACAAUGAAAUUCCGGACUGCUACACCUUUUCUAUAACAAUUACGUUUGACAAUAAAGCACACAGUGGCAGAGUGAAGAUCCAUCUGGAUAACAAAGUGGACAUCCAAGAGUGCAAAAACCCAAAUGUCUCUGGCAGAGGUACCAGUGAGUUGCAGGGGGAGGAACAUGGCACAAGUAUAAGCUUGCUUCCCUAAGGGGCAUACUUACAUACAGCAGCAUACUUAGGCAAUGCCCUGGAACUGUUGGAAGUAGGUGUCAAAACCUUAAUUAAACUAACAGAUAUAUAAACUCUAUAAUUUAGAAAUGCUGUAUUUGUCAAAAAGGGUGGACAUCCAUGUGGCUGCUCCUCUUUCUAAAAGGAAAUUGUUAAAGAUACUGGUGGUUGCUUACUCAGUACACUGCAUUCCCCCAUUGCUAGCAAUGGUAGGGCUAUUACUCAUUCAUUGAGUUGUGGCUUUUAUUAUGGUAUUUAUUGCUUGUUGAUCUAUUGUUUGCAGCAGUUGCUCUUAAUAAGGUGAUAAUUCCAACAGCUUAAUAUGCAAUGCAUAAAUAAACAGUUCCAUUAGUACUCAGCUUCAUGGUCUGUUCCUAAUGUGCAGGGAGAAUAUGUUUUAUGCCCACUGUGUUAAUUAUUUCUAAACAUUCAUCAUGCAUUCUCCAUUAGUUACUAUUUCUAAAUAUUAAAGAUACAGCCCCUUAAGACUUUCAUCAUAAAGAUGCUUACUUUAUUAUUCACUUUAUGUCCUUUUUCUGGACCUUCUCAAGUUCUAGGUUUUUCUUUGAAGAACUAGGAUGAGUAAAAAUGUAGGGUGUUUUCCAGAUGAGUCAAAGGCUUACAUGAUGGCAUUAUUAUAAUUGAUGGUUUGUUUUAAAUUCCUAUCUUAAAGCAAGAUAGCCAGGUAGCUUGCUUGCCUGCCUGCCUGCCUCUCUACUUUUCUGCUGUUUACAUUCUCAAGAACCUAAAGGAGCUAAUAGAAUUUAAAACAAACAGAAUAUAAAAAGUUAGCAAGAUUAACUGGCACAUAAAUGCAUCUUUCAGAUUUCUUAAAUAUUGAAAAGAGGUGGGGACCAAGUGCAAAUCCUAGGAGAAUACAUUCCAUAGCCUGGGAGCAACAUACAGAACUCUAAUCCACGUUUUAUUAUUUUAUUUUUAGAUUUUUUAUCCCACCUU